UCCCCUCUUUCUUCUUCUUCUUCUUCUUCUUUCUUUUUGUUUACUCACUCUCUCAUCAUGUCUGGUUCAACCUCUCCUGCCUCUGUUUCAGAGACCAUCGUUGUCUCUCCCUCCUCUAUACUCGUUAAUGUGAACAUGAUGAAUGUUACGAAACUGACGGCAUCCAACUUUCUCAUGUGGAGCCGCCAAGUUCACGCACUCCUCGAUGGUUAUAAUCUCGCCGGUUACAUCGACGGAUCUCUCACCGUCCCGCCGCCGACAGUUACUGCGGCUGAUGUUGUCUCUGCUAAUCCUGACUUCGUGGUGUGGAAGAGACAAGAUCGGUUGAUCUACAGUGCACUGUUAGGCGCCAUCUCCAUCUCUGUCCAGCCGAUCCUCUCCAAGGUCGUCACGGCUCAUGACAUAUGGACCACUCUCUCGUCUACUUAUGCCAACCCCAGUCAUGGUCAUGUUCAACAGCUUCGUCAACAACUCAAGCACUGGACGAAGGGGACUAAGACCAUUGAUGCUUAUGUUCAAGGUUUUACCACCCGCUUUGACCAACUUGCUCUCCUUGGCAAACCGGUGGAACAUGAAGCUCAGAUUGAGUUCAUCCUUGAAGGUCUCUCUGACGAUUACAAAACGGUAAUUGAUCAGAUCGAAGGCCGUGAUUCAUCUCCCACCUUGACGGAGCUUCAUGAGAAGCUGCUCAACUACGAGACGAAACUUGCUGCGAAGGCGGCACUUACGUCGUCUCUUCCCGCGACUGCUAAUGUUGCAACCUUUCGUGGAAACAACUCCUCUCGUCCUCAUGGCCGCAACAACAAUCGCACCCACCACAACAACAACAACUGGUCGUCUAAUCCGCAACACCAACGCCAACAAUACUCACCACGUCCAUAUCAAGGCAAAUGUCAAAUCAGUGGGGUCUAUGGUCAUAGUGCUCGCCGGUGUUCUCAACUCCAGCUUCCGCCCAUGCCAUACAGCUCCAACCAGUCGUCCGUGUCGUCUGUCACUCCUUGGCAGCCGCGGGCUCAUUUAGCAACGACUCAACAGUACAAUCCGGGGAAUUGGUUGCUGGAUACUGGUGCUACGCAUCAUCUCACAUCCGACUUGAACAAUCUCGCACUUCAUCAGCCUUACACUGGUGGUGAAGAAGUCACUACUGCUGAUGGCUCAGGGAUGCCGAUUUCCCACACUGGUGAAGGAUCUCAGCACGGGAGAGCGGUUACUCCAAGGCAAGACUAGAAAUGGGCUGUAUGAGUGGCCAGUCACACCUCUUUUUGCAUCCACCUAUCUCGCCACUCCUACUCCAAAAACAGACCUACCAUCUUGGCAUUCAAGAUUAGGCCAUCCCUCUGUUUUGAAAACUCUUAUUUCU